CCGCCCGCGGCUUCCUCGUCGCCUCUACAGGUUGCCUCGGUCUUCGCGCCUCCAGCCGGAAGAAAGGCGGCAGGGGGAGCGCCAACCCCGCCAGGAGCCCCCUUUGUGCCGCUGCCUCCUGCUUGGCUCCUGGGCGGCGGCUGGGGGCGCUGCAGGGAGAGGCGCCCUCCCUCCCUCUCCCUCACUCGCUCCUUCGCUCCCUCCCUCGCCCGCCUUCCUCCUCCUCCUCAGGAGAGCCGCACCGCGAGGAGGAGGACGGCAGCAGCGGCGGCUCCUCUGCGCGGCGCACAGGAUGCUGCGGUUCCUUCGCAGGACCUUCGGCCGGCGGUCGAUGCAGCGCUACGGGCGAGGAGGAGGCGGCGGAGGGGACGAGCGCGACGGAGGAAUAGCUGCCUCGGCUAGAGACGCGCACAGCCCGCCGCUCCCGCCGCCAACGGCGCUUCACCACAUCCAGGCGGCGGCGCCCGGCGGGAAAGGGGCGCUGCAUUGCCGGGUGCAGCUGCUCGACGGCGCGGAAGUCUCGGUGGAACUGGCGAAACAUGCAAAAGGACAAGAUUUGUUUGAUCAGAUUAUAUAUCAUUUGGACCUUGUGGAAACAGAUUAUUUUGGCUUGCAGUUCGUUGAUGCAUUCCAGAUUAUGCACUGGUUGGACCUUUCAAAACCCAUUAAGAAGCAAAUAAAAAGUGAGCAACCAAAUAUGUUUCACUUUCGAAUCAAAUACUACUCGUCAGAGCCAAACAACCUUCAUGAGGAAUUCACAAGGUACCUGUUUGUUUUACAGCUGAGACAAGAUAUUCUUUCAGGAAAAUUGAAAUGCCCUUAUGAAACAGCUGUAGAACUUGCAGCUUUGUGCCUCCAAGCUGAGCUUGGUGACUGUGAAAUUCUUGAACAUGAUCCAGAACUUGUGUCAGAAUUCAGAUUUUCUCGUAACCAAACUGAAGCAAUGGAAUUUGAAAUUUUUCAAAAGUGGAAAGAGUUCAGGGGGAAAAGCCCUGCCCAAGCAGAAAUGUGCUAUCUGAACAAAGCAAAGUGGUUAGAAAUGUAUGGGGUAGAUAUGCAUGUAGUUAAGGGAAGAGAUGGGUGUGACUAUGCUCUUGGAUUGACGCCAACUGGUAUCUUGAUCUUUGAAGGAACAAACAAAAUAGGCCUAUUUUUUUGGCCUAAAAUCACAAAAAUGGACUUCAAAAAGAGCAAACUGACGCUUGUGGUGGUAGAAGAUGAUGAGCAGGGUAGAGAGCAAGAGCACACUUUUGUCUUCAGAUUAGAUAAUGCCAAAACAUGCAAGCACCUCUGGAAAUGUGCAGUAGAACAUCAUGCCUUCUUCCGGUUGCGCACACCUGCUAACACAAAAUCUAGCCGAUCAGAUUUUAUCAGGCUUGGAUCCCGCUUUCGAUUCAGUGGCCGAACAGAGUACCAAGCAACACAUGGAUCCAGAUUGCGCAGGACGAGCACAUUUGAAAGGCGGCCUAGCAAGAGAUAUCCAUCCCGGAGACAUUCAACUUUCAAAGCAAACAAUGCUCUCAAACCAUCACCACACUGUGCUAAAAAUAACCCAGAAGUCCAUAACUAUCAGCCUCCAUGUCAUACAAAUAUACUUUCUGGCCAACCAACCUGGCACCCCCAUCCUCCUGUGAAUUUAAGCUAUCCUUUAAACAGUACUGAAGGCCCGCCGUUUCGCAUUGAAGAAAAUGGUGGAACACCAUAUACUACAAAAAUGACAGCAAGACACCACCACCAUCACCAUCUCCACUAUGGAGUACUUGUCUCACCGGACAGCAAGGAUUCUGUACCUAUCAUUCCAAGCCCAAAUAGAGCUCCUCGCCAUUAUGAUGGUGGUUCUCCCUAUUUAAAAAAGAUGGAAGUUGAGACAGUGAAAGUGGUAAGACCAUGGCCAGCUCUGCACAUCAGUGUGAAUAAGAGUGAAGAUAAGAAACCCUCAGAGAGGAACCUUCAUCAUCAUCUGCUGUCGUCACCCUCCUCUCUACCUGAACAUUUGAAAUGUAACAUCCUUAAAGCACAAGUGGAAGCAACUUUUCGAGGGAAUGCUCAGGGUGAAAAAGAAGAAACUUCCUCAGCAAAUCCUCCCAAGAUUUCCAGCCUCCAUGAACCUAAUGUCAGAAGUCCAUCUCCUUUAAGACCAGAGACAACACAAACAAGCAGUAUACCUGACAAGCCAGAAGUUAAAGUGUCGCGUAUGAGGAGGCUGACAAGGCAAUAUAGCUUUGAUGAAGAUGACCUCCCUCCAGAACUGGCAGCAGCAGUAGCCGCAUCUCCACCUCUGCCACCAAAAUCUCCUGUGUCACAGAAAACUGCUUCAGAAGGACAUUUUUCAUUACAUGCAAAGAGCCCUGUCAAUACCAGAAGUACAUUUACUUUGGAACCCGGAGAUCUUCUGAUGGAUUUCACAGAAGCCACCCCUAUGAUAAAGGCAUUCCCUGCUGCUACAUCUAAACCUUUUUUCGAUCCUUUUCCAACACUACCACAGUUUUCUGCAGACUUUAGAGACAAUAAGCUGCAGUGUUGUGUAGUGCUACCAUCUCCAAAGAUGCUGUCUCCAGUUAUCCCAUCACCUGGGAGAAGGUCUCUUGUGGAAACAAUUUCAACUUCACCUGCGCAUCUCAUCCAUUCACCUCACAAACAUGUUUAUCUGGCAGACAGCACUGAGCCCUUAAGGCAUGAACUUGACCGAGAAAAGAUGAUGAAAAGACUGCUGAUGACAGAAUUAUGAAAAUUCUCACUUCAGUCUCAUUUGGAAAAUGGAUCAGGGCCUUUUCUGUGCCUUCUGUCUGUUUACAUUCCUUUGCUUCUGUAUAUACAACCUGAUGCUUCGUGACAGUGGCAAAUAUUCUGACCUCCUGGAUUACUCGCAGUUGUCUGAAAGGUUUUACAUAAACUUUGGGGGCCUUCUUUAUAUAUUUGAUACAGUGGUCAGGAUUCAAAGAACCAGGAAAUGAGUUGUUUGUGUUCGGGAGGGGGUAGAUUAAAUUCCCUCUCCCCAUCCCAUUCUACAAACUGCUUUUUAAAACAAAGACCAUUUUUAAUGUAGUUUAUGAACUUACUGCAGAAAGGAGGAGAGUAAAAAUAAAAAUUCAGCUUGGUUUGUCCAAGUCCUCUGUAUGAAUCUAAGCAGUUCUUUGGAUUCCUUCUGAUCUUUAGCCCUCAUUAAUACUUACAAUUUUAUAUAUCUCCAAUAAUGGUGUUGAAUCUAAGCGUUCAGAGGAUGGGGGAGCUAAGAUAAAAAGAACAUCAAUUAAUAUAUGCUGAUUUCUAUUAAGAAAAACUGUUCUGUAUAUAUGUUAAUAGCUGCACAAGUAUUAAUAUUGUGUAGUAUAUUUUGAUAGCAUAUACAAAAGAUCAUUUUGUAGAUAUAACUGCACCAGACUACUACUGUUUCUUUAUAUUAAAACACUGUUGUUUCUAACAAAUCAUUUUAAGUGGAAGGCAAAGAUGAUAUUCCAUUGAACCUAAGGGAUUUAUCCCUUGGAAAAUAAAAAAAAAUGUAUUUUUUAAUUUUUAGCUUAAAUUACAACACAAAGAGGAAAAUAGCAAAUCCAGAUAUUCUUUUGAUGGGCAGGAGAACACUAUCAUUUUCAUAUUAUAUGUACAAAUUAUCAGUUAAGAUACUAUAUUAAUUCAGUUAACAGCAUUUCCCCUCACAUAAUCAUACCAAAGAAACUUGAAGUCUGAAAUACUUUAAAAUAAAACUAUGAUAAUGCUGGAAACCCAUAUUUAAGAUUCAUUUUCAUGUGUUUAAAAUGUGUAUGUUGAAAUUGUUGGUUUAUUCUGAGGCCUUAAAGAACAUUGUACAAUUUCUACAGAAUCCAUACAAUAAUCCUAAAAUGGUAGUUUAGCUAAAAUAGUUAUAUCAAUUUAUUUUCAACAAUCCUUAGACAACAAUGGAUGACACUUUGAAUUUUAUCUUAACAAAAUAAUCCUGUUUCCAGAUCAUAGAAAGCAUGUUUUUCAAAAUGUAUCAUACUUUAUUACUCAUAUAAUCAAAGUGAAAAAUACUUUGUAGAAAAAUUGACAUUCCAGAGUGACGUUCUAGGCUUAUCACAUUUUCAAUGGAACCUAAUUAUUCCUAUUAACUGGGUUUGGGAUGAACUGAGGACCAUGGAUUAAUCCCAUUUUACAUUGUAAUAACUGGGACUUUCUUUUGAAACCUUGUGGUUGAUUUAAAAGAUAAAGAUAAAUACCACCAUGUUGUCACAGAACAGCAAAUUACUGAGUUGCUAAAACUGUAAACAGGGUCCAGUUACCUCAUUUCAUCUAAUCUAAGGCACCAUCGAAUGUAAGGCGCACUCCAUUUUUUAAUCUUAUUUGGGGGGGGGAGUUCUUAUAAUAUUUUUUAGAAUUUCCUCUCCAAGCACAAUACCUUGCUUUUGUUUCAAAUUGGCUCUGUAGUGCAGUCUUUCCCCUGGGGUGAGGAGGGAGUCUGAAGAAAUCUGGACGUCAUCUCAUCUGCAUGGGUCUAUCUUCUUAACUCUAUGGGCAGAAAAGGUAGGAAGGAGUGCUUAGUUCAGCCAAACUGGUCAACAGCAGUCUGGCUGAGGACAAAAUGAGAAGUGCUAGCACAGUGGUUCUUAACUGGGGUUCGCCAGAUGUUUUUGGCCCACAACUCCCAGAAAUCCCAGACAGUUUAUCAGCUGUUAAGAUUUCUGGGAAGGCCAAAAACAUCUGGGGACCCCUGGUUGAGAACCACUGUUUCAGGUUGGAAUCCUUCCUUGACCACUACCUCCUCUCUCAGAGGUAAGACAAUUUAAAAAACACGCCAAAAAUGGCAAAUCUAAAACACCAUCAAAGCGAAGGAAGCCUCUUAAAUGGGAAACAGUGUGCCUUAGAGUCAGUUUCAUUGUCACAGUGGUGGUAGUUAUUAUAGAUGUUACUGACUGGAGUUUUGGACUAUCCAUGAUUGGGUUCAUGAAGCUAAGAAUCUGUGCAUACUUUGACUAAUGUCACUUCUCACAAUUGUGCUGUUUCAUUCACAUAUGUUCUCAAUCAGUUUGGAAUUGCUGACAGAAAACCUAUAACCAUUGCGAUCUUGAUUGGUUUCUUUUCCUAUGCCUCUUUUCCCAGAGGCAUCAAAAUUCAAUUUUUGGCUCUCAAUAAUGCAUAAUCAUUUCCUUCUCUUUAUCUUCAGUUCUGCUGUUCCCUAGCACUGCUAUAUCUAUAGUUCAAUCUUUCUUUUUCCCAACCACAACUAUGUCUGGCACAUAAUACUCUAAUUGUUUAUCAGUUUGAAUCUUAAAAUCCUACAAUAUUUGUGCUUCAGCAUUUUUCACAACUCUUCAGAUAUAUAUUUCUGACCAUUCGUUGCAGAUGGUCACUAUCAUCACCAUUUAGCUCCAUCAAUGUACAUGGCACUGUAUAACAAUAACCCAAUUGGCUGAGCCCCCAGUGACGCAGUAGAUUAAACCAUUGUGUUGGCAGGACUGAAGACUUGAAGGUUGGGUUGCUGACCUGAAGGUUGCCGGUUCGAAUCCCAACUUAGGGAGAGCACGGAUGAGCUCCCUCUUUCAGCUCCAGCUCCAUGCGGGGACAUGAGAGAAGCCUCCCACAAGGAUGGUAAAAACAUCAAAAACACCCAGGCAUCCCCUGGGCAACUUCUUUGUGGACGGCCAAUUCUCUCACACCAGAAGUGACUUGCAGUUUCUCAAGUUGCUCCUGACAACCAAUUGGCAUAGCCAAUGUAAGGAUUGCUGUGAGGUUCAAUUCUCACAUCAGCGUGAUUCCCAAUCCUGUCAUAAAUACGAGGGCUAUCCAGAAAGUAGAUUACGUUUUGGAAUUAAAAAUAAAAAAGGAUAGGAGAAAAAAAUUACCAUAUGCAGUUGAAAGCCAGACCCAAAUACCACAUAGUCCCCAUUAAAAUCUAGGCACUUCUCAUAGAGAUAAAAGAGUUUGGAAAGUCCUUCCCCAUCAAACUUUGCCACUUGGCUUGCAUCCUCAACCAGGCGGGCUUCCCACAGCUGCGCAUGUGCAUGCGCUCAACAUUCCCCCAUGUUCGUCCUGGAUCGCUCUUCUGUUUUGCAAAUGCUUGCAAGGAAGAUUAUGGCGACUGUUUUUUGGGAUAGGAAAGGUGUGCUUCUUGCAAAACCUUAGAAGAGCGAUCCAGAACGAGCGUGGGGGAAAGUUGAGAGCAUACACAUGUGCAGCUGUGGGAAGGUUGAGGACGCAAGCCAAACAGCAAAGUUUGGUGGGGAAGGACUUUCCAAACUCUUUUAUCGCUAUGAGAAGUGCCUAGAUUUCAAUGGGGACUAUGUUGAGAAGUGGUAUUUGGGUCUGGCUUUCAACUGCAUAUGGUAAAUGUUUUCUCUUAUAAUUUGUUCAUUUUUAAUUCCAAAGCGUAAUCUACUUUCUGGAUAGCCCUCGUAUAUCACAGCUGUCAUAGCCAAUGGAAAUGGAAAACCAGCCCAUACUAAAUAAAUUCUUUAAUGCUUGCAUUUAAAGAUCUCAGAAUUGUGUAUUAUCUGUUAAUGACGGAAUAUAUUAACUGUAUGAUUUGUCUCUUCUCUUUUUUGUUUUCACUGAAAAUUAGUUGUCUUGUUAGUCUCUCUUUUGUGGACAUACACACCUGCACUCAAUUGGCCAAGGGAACAGGACCUUUUGUUUGUUUGUUACCCGGAUAAUUUGAAUUGUAGGAAUCUGUUGUAAUUUAUGCCUGGUCAAUUUGCUUUUAACAAAUCAAAAAUCAAGUUGCUCAAAAUUAGAGAUGACUACUUUUGAAUCUAUUAAUGCAAGGAAAGUAUCAAAUUUGAAUAACUUGGCACAAUAAGGCAGCUUUUCUGGCACAUGCUCCUUGUACAGUAGAGUCUCACUAAUCCAAGCUAAACGGGCCGGCAGAAGCUUGGAUAAGCGAAUAUCUUAGAUUAUAAGGACUGAUCAAGGAAAAGCCUAUUAAACAUCAAAUUAGGUUAUGAUUUUACAAAUUAAGCACCAAAACUUCAUGUUAUACAACAAAUUUGACAGAAAAAGUAGUUCAAUACGCAGUAAUGUUAUGUUGUAAUUACUAUAUUUACGAAUUUAGCACCAAAAUAUCACAAUAUAUUGGAAACAUUGACUACAAAAAUGUGUUGGAUUAUCCAGAGGCUUGGAUAAGCGAGGCUUGCAUAAGUGAGACUCUACUGUAUAUGUAAAAAUGUUUCCUCUUAAAAUUGUACAAUCACUAUAACACUCUCCGUGAGUGAGUGACAGCCUAUCACAAUAUGAUACUCUUGAAGGGUUAGGUUUUGGGUGAUUAAACAUAGUUUCAAACCUCUAUUAAUCAGAAUUGUCAAUGCAGAGCCGUUCCUGGAUUAGCAAAAAUGCAAAGUAAAUUAAUAUUUCUGUACCUGUUUGAACAAAGCUGACUGCACUUCCACAGCAAAUAUAACAGCGGGAGGGAUUUUUUUUACCAUUGGGCUUUGUCAAUUUAACCUGGGCUGAAUGUAAUGUAUGAAUGUACUCUUGGGGGUCUAGUAAAUCCAAGUGUAACUCCUUUGUAAAAAUCAGUACUUCUACAUCUUCUUGGGGAAGAUUUUAGCUUGUUUCUAAUGCUGAUAUGGAAAUCCUUAGGAACAGCCACACAUUUGUGAGAAGAUCAUUAAAUAAUUUGUUGUUGAAGGCUUUCAUAGCCAGCAUCACAGGGUUGUUGUUUGUUUUCUGGGAUGUACGGCCAUGCUCCAGAAGUAUUCUCUCCUGACGUUUCACCCACAUCUAUGGCAGGCAUCCUCCGGAGUUGUGAGCUACCUCACAACCUCUAAGGAUGCCUGCCAUAGAUGUGGAUGAAAUGUCAGGAGAGAAUACUUCUGGAACAUGGCCGUGCAGCCCGGAAAACACACAACAGCCCAAUUAAAUAAUUUCUCAAAUGCAUCACAAGCAUAUCAUAGCCCGAUUUAUUUCACAACAUUGUUUUCCGAUCUCUGUACUAUUUCCAGUAGUCCCACUACUGAAGUCAGCAUAGCUGUGGGCUGCAAUGUUAUACUGAUAUGUUCCUGGAAUCCCAGGCAAUACAAUCAAUCUACUGUAGAUUCUAAUUUGGGGAUGGAUUUUGUGUGCUUGUGUAAAUGCUCCCAAUGUUAUACAUCUUACAGGAGGCUAAGAAGAAAUGAACUGGAUCCUUACAAAUGUGUUAAUUUGGUGAGUAAUUUCUUGAUUUGCUUUUAAAAGUACAGUAGAGUCUCGCUUAUCCAACCAAAAUAAACGGGCCGGCAGAACGUUGGAUAAACAAAAAUGUUGGAUAAUAAGAAAGGAUUAAGGAAAAGCCUGUUAAACAUCAAAUUAUGUUAUAAUUUUACAAAUUAAGCACCAAAACAUUAUAUUUUGCCACAAAUUGACAGAAAAAGCAGUUCAAUACACAGUAACAUUAUGUAGUAAUUACUAUAUUUACAAAUUUAGCACCAAAACAUAGUAAUGUAUUGAAAACAUUGACUACAAAAACAUUAAAUACUAAAUGGCAGACUGCGUUGGAUAAUACAGAACAUUGGAUAAGCAAAGGUUGGAUAAGUGAGACUCUACUGUAGCUCUAAAAAACGGAAUAUAAUGCAUUUAAUAAAAAUCAACUGGCACAAUUUCCCCUAGACAUCAAAGAACAAUAAUUUUUUCGGGCAUAAUCCAGUAAUGAACUUUCUCAAAAUGACAACUUCCAUUAUAAGCUUUCAGCAACAUCUCUAAAGGAGCAUCUGCCUAGUUUUUAUAUCUCUCAUUAUGAUAUUAUCCUAACAUUAGGGUUUUCCUUCGAUUUUUCCUGUUAGAGAGACUGUUUCUUUAUCUAUGCUCUUCACACAAAGCCAAUUGAAAUCAUAUAGUAAAUUAUGUCAGCCAAAUAUAUUUUGAUUAAGCUGUUUUUGGAGGAUCAUUUUCAUAUAAUUCUUAUUUCCCUUUCUGGUUACCAGUUUGCUACAGUGGAAUAUUACUAUUUCAUAUUUUUGAUGUCCUGAUGCUCAAGGAGUUUGCAAUAAAUAUACUGAGUGAUCUGUGGUUUUGCAUGCAAGAUUGGCCCCAGAUGUUUUUAUAAUUUUUAAUGUUGUAAAGAAAUGUUAAAAUGAUGGAAAAUGGGAAAGACAUCUCUGGGGGGGGGGGGGAAUACUCUGCAAGGCAGAGAAGACGGUACUAACUUACACAAGGACAGUACUAACCGAGCAGCAGCCUGGAUCACAGAAGAUAAGCUAGCAUGCAAUGGCAUUUAUAAGACAAGCAAGCCUUGAGAGAGGAUUUUUGUGACUGAGCUAUUUAUUUACCUGUUCCUGUAUUAAUGCCUGCAAUAAAAGAACUGAAAAAUGAAGAA